ACGACAGCGAGGUGAGCGACAACGACGUGAGCAAGAUGAGCGAGAGCGAGGUGAGCGACAACGAGGUGAGCGACAACGACGUGAGCAAGAUGAGCGAGAGCGAGGUGAGCGACAACGAAGACAGCAAGGUGAGCGACGACAGCGAGGUGAGCGACAACGAAGACAGCAAGGUGAGCGAGAGCGAGGUGAGCGACAACGACGUGAGCAAGGUGAGCGAGAGUGAGGUGAGCGACAACGACGUGAGCAAGGUGAGCGAGAGCGAGGUGAGCGACAACGAAGACAGCGAGGUGAGCGACGACAGCGAGGUGAGCGACGACAGCGAGGUGAGCGACAAUGAAGUGAGCGACAGUGUGAGGGACAACAAGUAAAGCUGUGGAGGAAAGCGUCCGCGGUGACUCGAGGCUCAUCAUGUGACGGAUGUUUUCAACGUAGUCUGUUGAAACUACAAGUUCAGAAGAUGGACUACAAAAAGCUCCAUCUUCUCCUGUGAAGUUUCAGCAGGAUGUUUACACUUUAGCGAGAUGUGAAAUUUUUAAUAAUUAAUGUGAUGACCUGCAGGACGUCACACCAAAUGUUUGUGUGUCAGUCUGAAGAUCAACAGGCUGUCAGUGAACAGGCUGUUAAUGUGGUGAACAGUCGCUGUGUCAGUCUGUACCUGAAUGCACCAAGACGUACGUACGUGUGUGUACGUGUGUGUGUGUGUGUGUGUGUGUGUGUGUGUGUGUGUGUGUGUGUGCGCGCGCGCGCAGUCAGGGAUUGGUCAGACAGCCAAGAGGAAGUGACAUCACAGGAGUUCAGUCCAGUGAGCGAAACCUUCCUGACUCUCAUCAUCCCUCCCCACUGAUCACGUUCAGACAGACGCCAUGUUCCUGAACGCAUCACAGGUCAGCUGAUGUCAUCGUCUGUCUCUGAGACCGUCUGUCUCUGAGACCGUCUGUCUCUUUAUUCAUCGUUACCGUGAUGAACCGCCCAUCCCGAG